AUGCUCAUUGCGGCUGUGUUCACAGUUCACCAGGUAGGCGCCGAUGUGCAGGUGGGCACACCGCUUCGAUAUUUUGCCAAUCAGUAUCCUAUCAAGCACGACGCAGUGGGCGCCUACAUCGACUGCCCACUAGACUCGCCCCAGGCGGCUCGCGAUGCAGGCUGUUCGUUUGAUCUGUUGAUCAACGGCUACAUCCCUAACCCCUGCUUCGAUUUUGAGAUGAACAAAUACUUUAUGGAAAAAGCGGAUUUCGGCUACUUUAAAGAUGAGGCAGCGACGAUUACUAUCCCUCAGUCAGAACUACUAGCCGGAAAUUUCGAAAAAUACAAAUUCGUGUGGCUAUCGACUGAUUCGCACUAUCAUCAUUGCAUGUAUAUUGUCAACGGAUCGACCCGCGCCUAUUCACGAAUGGGGUUUACCUUCCUGGACAGCUAUCUAGACCAAUGGCACAUUCAGCACUGCAUCAGCGUUAUCAUGGAGCCCCGACCGCCGUUACCCUUCCAACGAAUGGAUACGCCUAUGAUGGCGGCCUUCGCUGCCGAGCACCGCUGCUACCUGCGCGAUUUAUCUCCUACUCCCCCGCAAGAUCCUGGCGCUAUUACAACUGCCUUGACACACCCGCGGACUGAGAUUGAGGCUCAACGGUGGGAAAGUGAGCAACACAAGUGA